ACUCCGAGGCCGAGCGGCAGGAAGGCCGGCGGCGGGGCCGGGGAGGUGUUGGCAUGAAUAGAAUUCGGAUCCACGUCCUGCCGUCGAGUCGGGGCCGCCUGACCCCGGUGCCCAGGACCCAGGAGCCCCUGUCCUGCUCCUUCACCCAUCGGCCGUGCUCCCAGCCCCGGCUGGAGGGGCAGGAGUUCUGCAUCAAGCACAUCCUCGAGGACAGAAAUGCCCCCUUCAAGCAGUGCGGCUACAUAUCGACAAAGAACGGGAAGAGGUGUCCGAACGCCGCCCCCAAGCCCGAGAAGAAGGAUGGGGCAUCUCUGUGUGCCGAGCACGCCCGCAGAAACGCCCUGGCGCUCCACGCCCAGAUGAAGAAAUCCCACCCGAGUCCAGUGGGCGAAACGCUUUUAUGCCAACUGAGCUCGUACGCCAAGUCCGAGUUGGGUUCCCAGACGCCAGAGAGCAGCCGCAGCGAGGCCAGCCGGAUCCUGGAUGAAGACAGCUGGAGCGAUGGGGAACAGGAACCCGUGACCGUGGACCAGACGUGGAGAGGGGAUCCUGACAGUGAUGCCGACAGCAUAGACAGUGACCAGGAAGACCCUCUGAAACACGCCGGCGUCUACACGGCGGAGGAGGUGGCCCUGAUCAUGCGUGAGAAGCUGAUCCGCCUCCAGUCUCUUUACAUCGACCAAUUCAAACGGCUGCAGCACCUGCUGAAGGAGAAGAAGCGCCGUUACCUGCACAGCCGCAAGGCGGAGCACGAAGCCGUAGGUAGCAGCCUCCUGACGGGCCCCGAGGGCCUUCUGUCCAAGGAGCGGGAGAACUUGAAGCAGCUCAAGUGCCUGCGGCGGUAUCGCCAGCGUUAUGGCGUGGAGGCCCUGCUCCACCGGCAGCUGAAGGAGCGCAGGAUGCUGGCCACGGACGGGGCGGCCCAGCAGGCUCACACCACCCGAUCCAGCCAGAGGUGCUUGGCCUUCGUGGAUGACAUUCGCUGCUCCAAUCCGUCUCUCCCGAUGACCAGACACUGCUUGAACCACAUCUGUCAGGAUACCAACCAGGUACUCUUCAAGUGGUGCCAGGGCUCAGAGGCGGCGCCCUGCAACAAGCCGGUUCCGGUCAGCCUCUCGGAGGACCCCUGCUGCCCCCUGCAUUUCCAGCUGCCCCCGCCGAUGUACAAGCCUGAGGAGAGCCUGUCCGUGUCGGAGGAGCUGGGAGGCGUCCCUAUGGAUCUGUACCUGAGCGCCGCGGAGCUGCAGCCCUCCGAGAGUUUACCCCUGGAGUUCAGCGACGACCUGGACGUGGUGGGGGAUGGGCUGCAGUGCCCUCCAUCUCCCCUGCUCUUCGACCCCUCUUUAUCCCUCGAGGAGCGCUCGAUCCGCGACGUUAGCGAGGCCCCGGGAGACAUCCUGGCCAGCGAGGACCCCCCGCGGUCGGGCGGCGGAGGGUUUGCCUCCGGUCACUGUGGACCUCUGGGAGGACUGGCGACUCCCCAGACCCGAAAGCCGGGAGAAGCCGUGGGUCCCGCUUCGUUUCCCGGAAGCCGAGGGGCUGCUGCCCAAGGAAAGUCGGAACCCUCUUCUCUACGCUGCUCGUAGCCUCGGGUGGAGCUGAGCUGACUCUGGUGGGGAGGAGCCCCCAGCCCCGCCCCACCCCCCCGGGGGCACCGGUGGCACCGACUUCCCAGCACAGAAUCAGCCCGGGGCGCUGUUCCUUGGGCUAUUGGGCUACAGGCCUGUCUGCGUCGUCGGUCCGAACCGCUGAGGCGUGUGGGGCGGCGGGCAGGCCGGCCGCCCGUAAGAGCUGGGGAAACGCGAGAGGGAUGCCCUUGUCGCCUCUCCCCCCGGUUCCUAACAAAGAGGGAGCCGUCUGCCUUGUGCCAUGUGCUGCCCAUGCUCGAAAAGUGUCCGGGCACAAGGUCCCAGCUGCCGAAGUGGGAAGGAGGCCUUUUCAUUCCGGGUGCAAAGAAAAACAGGCAAUAAACCUUCGUUAAAGCAGA